UCCCCUUAGCAACAGAAGAAAGAUGGCGGCGCCCUGUACCUCUAAUCAUUCUCCCGAGAUAUCGACGCCGUUAAAGAUGCCGAAAACAGAAGUUCCAUCACCAGAAUCAGAGGAUUUGAGUGACAGCAACCAAUAUCAUUCCAAUCCAUCCACACCUAAUCGAUUCUCGCCUCUCAACGUAGGUAUGACGAUUUCUGGGAGCGCAGGCCGAAGUGGAUCGGCCUUUGCCUCAAAUAGCUUCACAGCUUGCCGAGGGAUGUCGUGGACCCCAUCCGAAACAAACGCCCUUAUUGCGGUGUGGGGCAAUGAAAGACUGACGGAGGCACGAAUGCAGCAAUUGGAGGUUGCAGGCACCGUUUUUUCUGGAAAGGCCCCUGGUCCCGCAAUGUACGAGCGGGUCUCACGAGCCCUAGCAGAGCUCGGCUACGAAAGGACCCCAUCCCAAUGCAGGGAGAGGAUGAAGGUAAUGGGGGACAGAACGCUGCGCCGGUGCUAUAGCAGAGUGAAGGAGCAUGGCGUCGGCAAGAGGAAAAGUAGCUACUCCAUCGAGCAGCUGGAAAAGGUGUUUGGCCAGGGAGGCUGGGACUCCCAGACGUGUGCCCCUGUCCUCAUCAACAGUAGUGGCCUGUACCAGGAGAUGGAGUCUGACGGCAGCACCAUGGAGGACUUCUCCCAAGAAGACUGGUGCAACCAGGUGCUGGCCUCCGCCUUCCAGGAGGGAGAGAUGGAAACUGAGGAAACACAGCCGCCAAAGAAUGCCAGUGUCCUGCAGCUUCGACCUGAGCCCUCGGAGCAAGUUCAGAAACAGGAAGUGAUGCAGAAUGUGGUGCGCAUCCUGGAGUCGGUACAGGUGAAGUGGGAGCACUUCCAGACAUGGACCGACUUCUCCAGAUUGCACCUCUCCAACAAGUUGGCCAUCUUUGGUGUGGGCUACAACACACGCUGGCACGAGGACGUCUGCUACCACUACGCCGAAAUCAGCUCCCAGGUGCCUCUGGGUAAGCGGCUGCGCGAGUACUUCAAUCCGGAGAAGGCAGAGGGCCGUGUCAUCAUGACCAAAGUGCAGAAGAUGAACUGGAAGAACGUUUAUUAUAAGUUCCUGGACAUCACCAUUAGCGAGGCGCGCUGCCUGGAGCUGCACAUGGAGGUAGACUGGAUCCCAAUAGCACAGUCAAGGGUGACGGGCUGCAGCAACGGGGCCUCAGAGUACCUCCUACCCGGGGGAAUCCCUAAGACUUAUGGCCUUUAUGCCAUCGGUUACGAGGAGGUGUCAGCGGAGUCAGACUACACAGGGGAGGAUGAGGCCCCAGACUCUCCGCUGCAGCACCAAGACUCUGACCAGAGCUUGCCUCUCUCUGGAUCGUCGGGCUCUGGCGGGUCUGGGUUCGAGAGUGUGGUGGGCCCGGGGGGGAGAGUGGGGGAGAAGACGGUGGCCAAAGUGACCUACUGCUACCUGGGCAUCGCAGAGGAGAGGACCCUACAGCAGUGCCUUUUCCAGCACUUUCAGAGCUCAGGCAAGCACUACAGCCGCAGGCAGCCCUCGGCCGUCACACGCUUCCUCCAGGGGAACUGCAGGGGCACCGGGCAGCAAGCCAGGGAAGAGGGCCUCUCCAUGGGCCCUGAACGCUCGGCCAUUUACAUCAAAUUUAUCGAGGUGGAGCUAGAUUUCCUCUCCGCUGGCUCCCUGGUGGAAUGUCUAGAAAUUGCAGUUGGUUACUCCUUAAAGUACAACAAAGCGACGUUGUAACGCAUGUUGUUUCGAUUCCCAUUGACUGAAGGAUUGAAAGAGGGCCAGAGGGACAUGCAGUAUCUCUUUCUCCCAAUUUAAGUGCAGACCUGAGUUCAAAUACUAUUUGAAAUAAUUUUGAGUACUUAAUCUGGGCUUGAUUGAGCUUGCCUGCGACAAUAAAAACAAUAGAAUAGUCGCAAAACUGCAAACCCCACCCGUCUGACACUCCAGGCAGGCUGAAGCAAACACCAAAAAAUAUUUGAAAGAUUUAAAAUAGUGUUUGAACCCUGAUCUGUAUACACGCUAUCUAAUCAGGGAAUGUGAGAGGGAAUGGCUAGUGCUGGAUGCAUUUCCCUACCUCGAGGAUAUAGCAGGGGAUAUAUAUUAAAAGAUUGUGUGUGCGCUUGUUUAAAAACUGCCUUUACAUUUCUUAGACUUUGGAUGUCUAUCUUCAGGUCUAAAUUGCCACAAAAAGAUCCAGGGGUAAAGAUCAUGUAAGGAAUGUGAACCAAUUGAAAAGAGGACCUAAAGGGGAAAUAUGAAUGAAUAUAUAAAAUAUUGAAGAUCUCUAUAUAGAAAUAUAUAUUUAAGAAUAUAUAUUGAUGUUGUCAAGCAUUCCAGUAUUUGCAAACAUAUGACAUUCAAAGAAGUAUGUUAAUGUUUUGGUGUUUUAUUAUAUAUAUUUUUUAUUAUUGGUUAACAGUCUUUGCGUAUUAUUGUUUCCAGGUCACAGUCUUGUAUGUUUACAUGUUUAGAAAAAACAAUAAAACGGGGCGCUGACCGUCAUUUGCCACUCACCGAUUAGUUUUAGGUUCCGGUGUGCUCAUUUGUGGGUGUUGGGUGUUUGCUAUCUAGUGAUGACCUGUAGGUCCUAUCCUUCCUUGCAGAAAAGCCCAUGCUUCAUGCACCACUUUGUCACUAGAUGGCAGCAAAUAACAGGGUGCUGAGAAGCUACAGGCAGAAGGCGGAUACCUGGCCUGCUACAUUAGGUUAGUGAAUCCCUAACUAUGGGGGGUGAUAAGUUCCAGAAUUAAGCCUCAUGUGUACACGUCAUGUAGACGUAGUGUUCACGUUGUGUAACGUGGCACUGACACAUCAUGUCAGUUUGCUUGUAAGUUUAUUAUGAAAGAUCGUACCAUGAACGCCUUAAAAACGUCUACAUGUGUUACGCAUCACGUGUUAGUUUAAGUGUGUUUAGUUCAUUAUUAAAAAUCGGACCAUGAACGCCUUACAAAUGUUUACAUGUAUAUGAUUUUGAAAAAAUAUUUUUCAUUGGCAGAGUAAUCUACGGUAAUCAAUUUCAUUUGUCGGUUUAGCUAAAAUAGGCAUAUCAGUUCUAGAAAACUUUAGGCUAGUUGAUAUCGCAGCCAGCCACCAUUACUGUGUAGAUAUGCCUAUUUCUCACAUCAAUACAGACACAAGGGCUUCUUUGUUGGAGGUAGCCCUAUUCAGAAAUAAGAGGUAGCCUAGGUCUCUAGUGGCGCAUUUAAAACAACUCGGAACUCUGCAAUCUCUGACUUCCGACUUCAGUGCGUUCAAGACAACUGAACUGAAACUCUGGCAUCUUUCUCUGACCUGAAAAUCACUGAUGUUAUGAUUUGACCUUGUUUUUUCCCCGGGGUUUAACAGACACAAUCACAGUCAUCCUUAGGCUAUACAUUUCUGUGGAGAUGUCUUAUGGUUAAAAGCAGGGCUUGAAUUGAGGGGAUAUGUGAGGAUAUAGGCCUAACCCUUGUAAGAGAGACAGGCAAAAAGCAUGCUACCCCUUGUUUACUUAGCCUAGAUUGCUUUUUUCCAAGGCUAUAACAAUGAUUAACUCCAUGAUUAUUUCCGCAUUGUUUACUAGCCUAUCGAAGGUCUUGCUCAGCCUCAACAUUACAGGAAAAUUUGCUUCUUUUAUUAAAUGAUCCGCAAUUUAGAAUAUUAGUGGUAGGCUAUACCAAAAAUACCUAAAAAAAAAAAGAAAAUCAGUAGGGGUCUAUGCAUAGACCAAAGAUCUUAACAGAUCAAAAUGUUUUUAUUCUGGAGAAUCCCAUUGAAUCAGGCUACACCCUACCUGUUUUGAUCACAGAUCAUGAUGAAGCCUGAACAUUUCAGCAGUUUGUCAUUGAUUUAGCCCACAAUCGCCUAUAGAUUUGAUACACCUGAAGACCUGUAUUUAAUCUGGAUUUGACAAUCAAUAAUCUGACUAGGAUCCUGACUUUUUCCCAUGUCAUAUUUGUUACCAAUUAGGCUAAAUGUAUUCCUAUUAAUACGCUUUUGUUUUCCUAUUAUUUUGCAUAGACAUACAAUUGCGAUGUAAUGUUUUUUAUCAUCUAUGUUUUAUGAAUAAACAGGCAUCGGGGGGAAAAAAUAUAAUUCUGAUGAUCCAUACACAUUGUUACUUACCAUAUAAAAAAUAAUUUAAAUAAAAAACUUUGGCUAA